AAUAAAAAAAUAACACGAUGACAAGUUGAAGGCAUGUGAAGUUUCUUAUUCAAUAUUUACUAAAUUUAUUAAUUUUACUAAAUUGUUUGCUACGUAAAUAGUACAGUGGACAAAAAUGUCGUUUUUAACGGAGUAUUUUGACGAAUACCGACAGCAUCCUAUCAAGAAAACUAAAAUGUGCCGACCAGAAGACCGAUGGGCAAAGAUGGAAGGAAAGUGGUUGGACCCAAAAAUUGGAACUCAAGAUAAAGCCUGGACAGAUGAAGACAUCGAGCAGUUCAUAAAAAGCACAAUGAAGAGUUUACGUGGACAAUCAACGUAUUAUAAUGACUUUUGUUCACAUCAGUCUCAAGAUUUGAAGACUCGGCCAUUCAAACCGCGGGAGAAGAAACGUCAGCCGUGCUUUUCUAAAGGCGAGAAGGCAAUAGAAGAUGCAGCUCCUCUACAGACACCCAAGCUUGCUAUUAAGGAUACAGAACUGAUGAAGGUGGCUCGAGACAUUUAUGACCGCGAUAUGAGCAAGCCUACUUUAGAACCAUUGCCAACGCAUUUGAGGAUCCUUGGCUACGUACGCCCUUGCCGCUACAAGACGGGUAUCAGCGAUUACCAGGAGAGCAUAGCCCGCCUGGCGUACGAGCUGAUACGAGACGACCGUAUACCGCGGUACCAGGCGCACAACGGGUGUCGACCACGGUGGGGUCUGCCCCCAGAGGGCGUGCGACAGCCCGAGCUGGAUGGGGCGCCGUAUGAUGGAGAGAGGCUGUAUUAACAAUAAACGAAGCCUUUUUAUAUAAUUGUAGCGACUCGUUCCGAUUUCGCACGUAUGCUGUACAAACCUUUGAAUUUCUCGGCUUGUUCUAUUCUGUAACACGCGUGUAUUAUACAUAUAAACCUUCCUCUUAGAUCACUCUAUCUAUUGCUGAAAACUGCAUUAAAAUCAGUUGCGUAAUUUAAAAGAUAUAAACCAACAGACAGCGGCGGACACUUUGUUUUAAACCAUGUAAUGUUUUAUACAAAUAUAUUAAAGAUUUCACUGUAUAAUGUUAAUGGUUGUGCAAAUUGAAAACGGUUGAUUAUCUUUAAUAAUAUUAGAAAGAGAAAAAUAUAUAUUUGUUUUUAAGGGAUGUACAC